GCUGCGGCGCGGCGCGGCGGGGAGCGGCCCGGCCCGCUGGAAGAUGGCGGUGCGGAAGAAGGACGGCGGCCCCAACGUCAAGUACUACGAGGCCUCGGACACCGUCAGCCAGUUCGACAACGUCCGCCUUUGGCUCGGCAAGAACUACAAGAAGUACAUCCAGGCCGAGCCCCCCACCAACAAGUCGCUGUCGAGCCUGGUGGUGCAGCUGCUGCAGUUCCAGGAGGAGGUGUUCGGGAAGCACGUCAGCAACGCGCCGCUCACCAAACUGCCGAUCAAAUGCUUCCUGGAUUUCAAGGCGGGGGGAGCCCUGUGCCACAUCCUGGCGGCUGCUUAUAAGUUCAAGAGCGACCAAGGAUGGCGGCGUUUCGAUUUCCAGAAUCCCUCGCGGAUGGACCGCAACGUGGAGAUGUUUAUGACCAUCGAGAAAUCCCUGGUGCAGAACAACUGCCUGUCCCGGCCCAACAUCUUCCUGCACCAGGAGAUUGAGCCCAAGCUGCUGAGCAAACUGAAGGACAUCAUCAAGAGGCACCAGGGCACGGUGACUGAGGACAAGAGCAACGCGUCCCACGUUGUCUGCCCCGUCCCUGGGAACUUGGAGGAAGAGGAGUGGGUCCGGCCGGUCAUGAAGCGAGACAAGCAGGUCCUGCUGCACUGGGGUUACUACCCCGACAGCUACGACACCUGGAUCCCAGCCAGUGAGAUUGAGGCCUCUGUGGAGGACGCCCCGACGCCAGAGAAGCCCCGGAAGGUCCACGCCAAGUGGAUCCUGGACACGGACACCUUCAACGAGUGGAUGAACGAGGAGGACUACGAGGUGUCUGAUGAGAAGAGCCCCGUUGCCCGCAGGAAGAAGAUCUCAGCAAAGACCCUGACAGAUGAGGUGAACAGCCCUGACUCGGACCGGCGGGACAAGAAGGGAGGCAACUACAAGAAGAGAAAGCGCUCACCCUCACCUUCACCCACUCCAGAGGCCAAGAAGAAAAACGCAAAGAAGGGACCCUCCACCCCCUACAACAAAUCCAAGCGUGGGCACCGUGAGGAGGAGCAGGAGGACCUGACCAAGGACAUGGAUGAACCCUCACCCGUCCCCAACGUGGAGGAGGUCACCCUGCCCAAAACAGUCAACACCAAGAAGGACUCAGAGUCUGCGCCCGUUAAGGGAGGCACCAUGACGGACCUGGAUGAGCAGGAGGAUGAGAGCAUGGAGACAGCUGGCAAGGACGAGGAGGAGAACGGCACCGGGAGCAAAGGGGAGCAGGCCAAGAACCCCGACCUGCACGAGGACAACGUGACAGAGCAGACCCACCACAUCAUCAUCCCCAGCUACGCCGCGUGGUUCGACUACAACAGCGUCCACGCCAUCGAGCGCCGAGCCCUGCCUGAGUUCUUCAACGGCAAGAACAAAUCCAAAACCCCCGAGAUCUACCUGGCGUACCGCAACUUCAUGAUAGACACGUACCGCCUGAACCCCCAGGAGUACCUCACCUCCACCGCCUGCCGCCGCAACCUGGCUGGCGACGUCUGCGCCAUCAUGAGGGUGCACGCCUUCCUGGAGCAAUGGGGCCUCAUCAACUACCAGGUGGACGCCGAGAGCCGGCCCACCCCCAUGGGCCCCCCGCCCACCUCCCAUUUCCACGUGCUGGCCGAUACGCCCUCCGGUUUGGUGCCUCUGCAGCCCAAGACGCCGCAGGGCCGGCAGAGCGAUGGCGACGCCAAGACCGGCCGCAAGAGCAAAGAGAUCGAAGACCUCGUCACCGAGUCGGUGAAAGGGAAGCCGGAGCUGCAGCAGAGCUCGGCCUCGCAGCAGAUGCUGAACUUCCCCGACAAGAGCAAGGAGAAGCCGGCCGACAUGCAGAACUUCGGGCUGCGCACCGACAUGUACACCAAGAAGAACAUCCCCUCCAAGAGCAAAGCUGCUGCCAGCGCAACGAGGGAAUGGACGGAGCAGGAGACGCUGCUGCUGCUGGAGGCUCUGGAGAUGUACAAGGAUGACUGGAACAAGGUGUCGGAGCACGUGGGCAGCCGCACGCAGGACGAGUGCAUCCUGCAUUUCCUGCGCCUGCCCAUCGAGGACCCCUACCUGGAGGACUCGGAGGCGUCGCUGGGGCCGCUGGCGUAUCAGCCCAUCCCCUUCAGCCAGUCUGGUAACCCUGUCAUGAGCACCGUCGCCUUCCUGGCCUCCGUCGUUGACCCCCGUGUCGCCUCUGCUGCUGCUAAAUCGGCGCUGGAGGAGUUCUCCAAGAUGAAGGAGGAGGUGCCCACGGCGUUGGUGGAAGCUCACGUCCGUAAGGUGGAGGAGGCUGCCAAGGUGACGGGCAAAGCCGACCCCGCGUUCGGGCUGGAGAGCAGCGGCAUCGCCGGCACCGCCUCGGAGGAGCCAGAACGGAUCGAGGAGAGCGGUGCGGAGGAAACACGCGCAGAGACGGCGCCGGUGGAGGAGAAAAAGGAGGUGAAGGAGCCGCGUGACAGCACUGCUGAGGAGGAGGUGAAGGAGAAAGUGGGGGACGUGGCCAAGAAGGAGGAGGAGAAGAGCAAAGAGCCCGAGGGUGAGAAGGAGGCGGAGAAGGGCGACAGCGACAGCACGGGUGAGUGGGGUCCGGAUGGGGACGUGGGGGGGGUCAGCCCCUAUGGCUGCCCCCCAUGGACCGCCCAGCUGCCCCACACUCCAGGGGAGCUGGAGAAGGAGAAGGAGGCGAAGGAGACGCAGGAGGAGACUCCUAAGGAGCCACCGGAGCCCGAAGCUGAGCGCAAAGCCAAAGUGGAGCGCGACAUCGGCGAAGGGAACCUCUCCACUGCUGCUGCUGCUGCGCUGGCGGCCGCUGCUGUGAAGGCCAAGCACCUGGCGGCCGUGGAGGAGCGUAAGAUCAAAUCUCUGGUGGCUCUGCUGGUGGAGACGCAGAUGAAGAAACUGGAGAUCAAACUGCGGCACUUCGAGGAGCUGGAGACCAUCAUGGACCGCGAGCGGGAGGCGCUGGAAUACCAGCGGCAGCAGCUGCUGGCCGACCGCCAGGCCUUCCAUAUGGAGCAGCUGAAAUACGCCGAGAUGCGCGCCCGCCAGCAGCACUUCCAGCACCUGCAGCAGCAGCAGCAGCAGCAGCCCCCCCCGCUGCCCCCCGGCGCUCAGCCUCUGCCCACCGCAGGAACCCCCCUGGCCCCCGCCGCCCACCCGCUGGCAGCGCCGCCCACCCCAGCCAUGGUGGCCCCCGCUGAGCCGGGGGGGCAGCUGAUGCCUGGGGUUCCCCCCCCGCAGCCCCCCCCGCCGCCAGGAGCAGCGCAGCCCGGCCCGGCCAUCCCGCACGCCCCGGUGCCGUUCCCCGGGCAGCAGCCGCCGUCUCAGAGCCUGGGGGGGAACCUGGGUGGCAGCGGCCACCCCUCCGUGCCCGGUAAUGCGCCCACGGCGCUGCCCUUCGCUCCGCCUCCAUCCGCCAUCCCAUUGAGCAUGGCUAACCCCCUCGCCGACUCCAUCGCCACCACUUUCCCCGCUAACCCGCCCGCCCUCCCGCUGCAUGGGGCCCUGGCCAGCAGCAUGCCGCCCGGGGGGCUGCCCCCCCCCCCUCCUCACCCACCCGGCCUGGCCUUGCCGUUGCUGGGGGGGGGCUCGCCCGCCGCGCACAGCCCCGCCAUCGUGGCCGCCGUGCAGGGGAGCCUCCUUCCCACCCCUGGGCUGCUCGCAGAUCAAGGCCCCCCCCUGCAGACGGACCCCAUCGCUCCCAGCCCCAGCACGGCCACCCCCGUCCCCCCCACACAGUGAGCCCCCCCACCCACCGCGGCUGAGGACCCCGCCCCCGAAGGACCCCCCCCCUCGAGGAACUCCUUUCCCCCCAGCUUCAGUAUUUUUUUAUGACUGUCUGGAUGUUAUUUAAGCGUUGGUCUCCUUUGGGGUGGGGGUGUGGGGGAGAGGGGGGGCCCUGCGGCACCUGUGCACCCCCCCUACCCC